CUUCGCAUUUCGCAUUCACACACCGCACAGUCGCGCUGAAAACGAAGUCGCGCUGCGACGUGCCGGACGUCUGCAAGUAGCGCGCCGGUCGAUACUCGAGUCGCGAACCCAUAUUAUUACAACUAAUGUUACGGUGUUACUAUUAACGGAGUGAAGCUGUGUGAUAUUUUAUAAUCAUAAAAAUAUUUAAUACCUAGGUACAUAAAAAGACACAACACGAGUGUAUUGACCACGAAAACCGUUUUAAACGGCAAUUCAACACGAGGUUCUUCAUUAUUACAAAUUAUAAGUCCUGCUGAGACACUGCCAUGCCGAGUGCUGUGACCAACGGGGCCAGGGGAGCGGAGGACGACAUCGUGCUGACGGGGCUGUCGGGCCGCCUGCCCGAGUCUGAUACCAUCGAGGAGUUCGCACAGCAACUGUUCGACGGUGUAGAUCUGGUCACCGCAGACGACAGACGAUGGACGCCAGGAUUGCACGGUCUCCCGGAACGAAAUGGCAAGCUCAAGGACCUGGCACACUUUGACGCCACGUUCUUUGGGGUCCACGCCAAGCAGGCGCACCUCAUGGACCCACAGCUGCGCCUGUUACUGGAGCUCACACACGAGACCAUCAUCGACGCUGGAAUCAACCCUAGCGAGCUGCGAGGCUCGAGGACCGGGGUCUACGUCGGCGUGUCCAAUUCUGAGACGGAGGAGAUGUGGACCGUGGACCCCGACAAGAUUAACGGGUACGCGCUGACCGGCUGUUGCCGGGCCAUGUUCCCGAACCGGAUCUCGUACACGUUCGACCUGAAGGGGCCGUCGUUCGCGGUGGACACGGCCUGCUCCAGCUCCAUGUUCGCGCUGGCGCAGGCCGCCACCGCCAUCCGCGCGGGGCACUGCGACGCCGCCAUCGUCGCCGGCACCAACCUGUGCCUGAAGCCCGCCAACUCGCUGAACUUCCACCGGCUCAGCAUGCUGUCGCCCGAGGGCCGCUGCGCCGCGUUCGACGCGAGCGGGCGCGGCUACGUGCGCUCGGAGGCGGCCGUGGCCGUGCUGCUGCAGCGGCGCGGCGCGGCGCGUCGGGUCUACGCCACGCUGCGCGGCCUGCGCGUCAAUACCGACGGGGCCAAGGACCAGGGCAUCACCUUCCCCUCCGGCGACAUGCAGCGCCGCCUCGCCGAGGAAACGUUCGCCGAAGCCAAGCUCCGGCCGAGUGACGUCGUGUACGUCGAGGCCCACGGGACCGGCACUAAGGUGGGGGAUCCUCAAGAAGUAAACGCCAUCGCAGAACUUUUCUGCAAGGGGCGCAAGGGGCCACUAUUGCUGGGCUCCGUCAAGUCUAACAUGGGUCACUCGGAGCCCGCGUCCGGCUUGUGCUCCGUCGCCAAGGUCCUCGUGGCCAUGGAGCGCGGCGUCAUCCCCGGCAACCUGCACUACAAGAGCCCCAACCCCGACAUCCCGGCGCUCAGUGACGGCAGGAUCAAGGUCGUGGACCGCAACACGCAGUGGGACGGCGGCCUGGUGGCCAUCAACUCGUUCGGCUUCGGGGGCGCCAACGCACACGUCAUCUUAGAGUCGGAGCCGAGCAGCAAGACCCGCGCCCCCGCGCGCAGCGCCGUGCCGCGCGUCGUGCUGGCGUCGGGGCGCACGGAGGACGCGGUGGCGGAGCUGACGGGGCUGGCCGUGCAGCACCGGGACGACGCCGCGCUGCACGCGCUGCUGGACGCCGUGCACCGCCACAACAUCCCCGGCCACUCGCACCGCGGCUUCGCCGUGCUCACCGACCCGCCCAUCCAGGAAUGCGCCGAAGUAGAGAGCGGGGAGCCCCGGCCCGUGUGGUUCGUAUUCUCGGGCAUGGGCUCACAGUGGCCCGGUAUGGCCAAGGCCUUGAUGCAGCUGCCUGUGUUCGCGGCCAGCAUCAACCGCUCGGCGGCGGCCCUGCGGCCCCACAACAUCGACCUCGUCAACAUCAUCACCGAAGCGCCGGCCGAAGCCUUCAACGACGUCGUCAACUCCUUCGUGUCUAUCGCCGCCGUGCAGGUGGCGCUAGUGGACGUGCUGCGCACGCUCGAAAUCCACCCCGAAGGCAUCGUGGGCCACUCGGUGGGCGAAAUCGGUUGCGCCUACGCCGACGAGACGUUGACAGCAGAGCAGGCCGUGCUGGCGGCUUACUGGCGAGGCCGCAGUAUCGUGGACGCCAAGCUGGCGCCGGGCGCCAUGGCGGCCGUGGGGCUGUCCUGGGAGGAGUGCGAGGCGCGUUGCCCGCCCGACGUGGUGCCGGCCUGCCACAACUCCAACGACAGCGUCACGAUUUCCGGGCCCGUGGAGUCGCUGGAGAAGUUCGUGGCGACGCUGUCGGCGGAGGGCACGUUCGCGCGGCGCGUCAACAGCUCGGGCGUGGCCUUCCACAGCAAGUACAUCGCCGCCGCCGCGCCCUUACUGCGACGCAGCCUCGAAAAGAUCAUCCCCGAUCCGAAGCCGCGCACCAAGCGCUGGGUGUCGUCUUCGUUGCCGCGGGACAAGUGGGACUCCGACCUAGCGAAGCUGAGCGACGCGAACUACCACGUGAACAACCUGCUGUCGCCGGUGCGGUUCGCGGACGCGCUGCGCAGCGUGCCGGCGCGCGCGCUGGUGGUGGAGGUGGCGCCGCACGCGCUGCUGCAGGCCGUGCUGAAGCGCGCGCUGGGCGGCGCGGCGCACGUGGCGCUGGUGCGCCGCGACGCGCCCGACGCGCUGGCGCACCUGCUGGCGGCGGCCGGCCGUCUGUUCGCGGCGGGCGCGCAGCCGGCCGUGGGUGCGCUGUACCCGGCCGUGCCGUUCCCGGUGCCGCGCGGCACGCCGGGGCUGGCGUCGCACGUGCGCUGGGACCACUCGCUGGAGUGGAGCGUGGCGCACUUCGGGAACGCGUCGCGCUCGGGCGAGAACGUCAUCGAGUACGACGUGUCGCGCCCCGACGACGGCUUCAUCACGGGCCACAACAUCGACGGCCGGGUGCUCUUCCCCGCCACCGGCUACCUGACCCUGGUGUGGAGGACCAUGGCGAAGCUCCACAACAAAAAGCCUGAGGAGACUCCGAUCGUGAUGGAGAACAUUCAGUUCCGACGCGCCACCAUCGUGUCGCGCGACACGCCCGUGCGCUUCCUCAUCAACAUCCUGGACGGCACCGGCGAGUUCGACGUCUGCGAGGGCGGCGCCGUCGUCGUGACCGGCCACGUCCGCCUGGCGCCCGAGCCGGCCGCCGAGCGCCUGCAGGACCUGGACGACGAGCCCGCGCCCGACCAGGACCUGCCGCCGCUCCUCACCGACGACAUCUACAAGGAGCUGCGUCUGCGCGGGUACAACUACGGCGGCAUCUUCCGCGGCAUCCGCCGGUCCGACCCGCGCGGCAUCGUCGGCCAGCUGGCCUGGGACGACAACUGGAUCUCCUUCAUGGACACCAUGCUGCAGUUCGGCAUCAUCGGCGUGGACACGCGCGAGCUGUACCUGCCCACGCGGCUACAGCGCGUGCUCAUCGACCCCGCGGCGCAGCUGGCGGCCGUGGCGGCCCUGGGCGAGGGCGGCUUACUGCCCGUGCGCAUGUACCGCGACCUGGACGUCAUCCGCGCCGGCGGCGUCGAGUUCCGCGGCGUCAAGACUAGCCUGGCGCCGCGCCGCGCCAACGCGCAGGCCGCGCCCAAGCUGGAGAAAUACGUGUUCAUGCCUUACGACAACGCCACCGUCAGCACCGAGGACACCUCUCGCUCUAAACGCGACGCACUCACCGUCAGCCUACAGCUGGUGCUGGAGAAUGCUGGCUCCAUCAAGCUAAAACUGGCCGAGGCCGCUCUGGACAGGCCGGCCGAGGCCCUGCUCACCCCGCUCGCUAUGCAAGUGCUAGAGUCGGAGCCUCAAGUGCGCGUGGAUGCGUCGCUGGCCGCCGGGCCCGCGCCCGCGCCCUACGCCGCCGCCGUCAAGGACCUGGGAGUCAAGGUCAACCCCAAAGACGGCAAAAGCGCACCCAUCGACACGGAGUGCCACCUGGUACUGGCCGCCGACGUGCUGAGCAGGCACGGCGCCGCCACGCUGGGCCACCUGGCGGCCGCGCUGGCCGAGUCGGGCAUGAUCCUGCUGGAGGAGCCGCACCGCGCGCUGGACGGCGCGCAGGCGCUGCUGGAGGCGGCCGGGCUGCAGUGCGUGUCGCGCCAGCUGGCCGCCAGCUGCGAGUACCUGCUGCUGCGGCGCCGGCGCGGCCCGGCCGCCGCCACCGUGGUGCUGGACGUGGACGACGACCGCUCCUUCGCCUGGGUGGACGCGCUGCGCGCCGCGCUGGAGCGCGCCGAGCGCGAGCCCGAGCUGCGCGUGUACUGCGCGGCGCGCGCGCCGACGGCCGGCGUGCUGGGGCUGUGCACGUGCCUGCGCGGCGAGGCGGGCGGCCGCGCGCUGCGCUGCUACUUCCUGCCGGGCGCGCGCGAGCCCUUCCGCCCCGACGCGCCCGCCUACGCCGCGCAGGUGGAGCGCGACCUGGCCUUCAACGUCCUGCGCGCCGGCGUCUGGGGCAGCUACCGCCACCUGGAGCUGGCCGCGGCCGAGGCGCACCUGCAGGUGGAGCACGCCUACGUCAACACGCUGACGCGCGGGGACCUGUCGUCGCUGCGCUGGAUCGAGUCCCCGCUGCGCUACGCGGCGGCGGCGGGGCUGCCGGCCCGCACGGAGCUGUGCCGCGUGUACUGCGCGCCGCUCAACUUCCGCGACAUCAUGCUGGCCACCGGCAAGCUGCCGCCCGACGCGCUGCCCGGCAACCUGGCGGGCCAGGAGUGUAUCCUCGGCCUGGAGUUCAGCGGCCGCUCGUCCGACGGCAAGCGCGUCAUGGGCAUGGUCGCCGCCUGCGGGCUGGCCAGCACCGUGCUGGCCGACAAGGGCUUCCUGUGGGAGGUGCCGCGCGACUGGUCGCUGGAGCAGGCCGCCACCGUGCCCGUGGCGUACGCCACCGCGUACUACGCGCUGGUGGUGCGCGGGCGCAUGCGGCGCGGGGAGUCCGUGCUGGUGCACGCGGGCACGGGCGGCGUGGGGCAGGCCGCGCUGGCCAUCGCGCUGCACGCGGGCUGCCGGGUCUUCACCACGGUGGGCACCCCGGACAAGCGCGCCUUCCUGCGCGAGCGCUUCCCGGCGCUGCCGGCGGAGAACAUCGGCAACUCGCGCGACACGUCCUUCGAGCAGCUCGUCAAGCGGCGCACGGGGGGCCGCGGGGUGGACCUGGUGCUCAACUCGCUGGCCGCCGACAAGCUGCACGCCUCCGUGCGCUGCCUGGCCGAGGGGGGGCGCUUCCUCGAGAUCGGAAAGCUGGACUUGUCCAACGACACGGCGCUGGGUAUGUCCAUCUUCCUGAAGAACACCACGUUCCACGGCAUUCUAUUGGACGCACUGUUCGACGCGGACUCGGAAGACAGUGACAAGGCGGCCGUGGUGCGCUGCGUCACGGAGGGCAUAGCGUCGGGGGCCGUGCGCCCUCUGCCCGCCACCGUCUUCUCCGACCACCAGCUGGAGCAGGCCUUCAGGUACAUGGCGACGGGCAAGCACAUCGGCAAGGUGGUGCUGCGCGUGCGCGACGAGGAGGCGGCGGGCGCGCGGCCGGCCAGCAAGCUGCUGGGCGCGCUGCCGCGGACCUACCUGCAUCCCGCGCGCUGCUACGUGCUGGUGGGCGGCACGGGCGGCUUCGGCCUGGAGCUGGCGCAGUGGAUGGUGCGGCGCGGCGCCACGCGCCUCGUGCUCAACUCGCGCGGCGGCCUGCGCACGGGCUACCAGGCCGCCUGCGUCCGCCGCUGGCGCGCCGCCGGGGUCGCCGUCGCCGUCAGCACGGCCGACGCCAGCACGCCGGCCGGCGCGCGCGCGCUGCUGCGGGAGGCGGCCGCGCUGGGGCCCGUCGGCGGCGUCUUCAACCUGGCCGCCGUGCUAAGGGACGCCUUCAUCGACAAGCAGACGCCCGCCGACUUCCAGGCCGUCGCCAAGCCCAAGAUAGACGCGACUAAGGCGUUGGACGAGGCCACGCGCGAGCUGGCGCCGGAGCUGGAGUACUUCGUGGUGUUCUCGUCCGUGUCCUGCGGACGUGGUAACCCCGGACAGAGCAACUACGGUCUCGCCAACUCCGCCAUGGAGCGCAUCAUGGAGCAGCGCCAGGCCGACGGCUUGCCCGGCCUGGCCGUGCAGUGGGGCGCCAUCGGCGAGGUGGGACUCAUCGUGGAGACCAUGGGCGGCGACGACACCGUGGUGGGCGGCACCGUGCCGCAGCGCAUCGCGUCGUGCAUGGAGGCGCUGGGCUCGCUGCUGGCGCUGCCGCAUGCCGUGGCGGCGUCCAUGGUACUGGCCGACAAGCGCCGCGCCGCCGCCGCGCCGCAGCAGGACCUGCUGCACGCCGUCGCCAACAUCCUCGGCAUCAAGGACCCUAGCAAAGUGUCGGACUCCGCCAACCUGGCCGAGCUGGGCAUGGACUCGCUCAUGGGCGCCGAGAUCAAGCAGACCUUGGAGCGGGGCUACGACGUGGUGCUGGGCGUGCAGGAGAUCCGCGCGCUCACGUUCGCCAAGCUGCGCGGCAUGGCGGGCGGCGACGACGCGGCCGGGGAGCAGGCCGCCGCCGAGCCUGCGGGCGCGGCCGAAGCGCCGGCCGACGCGCAGGCGCAGUUCUCGGCACUGGCCGAGCUGAUGCCGAAGCAGGCGCUGGUGAAGCUGCCGAGCGCGGCGGCGUCGGGUUCGCCCGUGUUCAUGGUGCACCCCAUCGAGGGCGUCGUGGAGAUGCUGCGCGGGCUGGCGGCGGCCGUGCGCGGGCCCGUGUUCGGCCUGCAGUGCACGGCGGCGGCGCCGCUGGACGACAUGGCGGCGCUGGCGCGUCACUACGUCGCCACGCUGCGCGCCCAGCAGCCGCGCCCGCCCUACACGCUGCUGGGCUACUCCUUCGGCGCCGGCGUCGCCUUCGAGAUGGCGCUGCAGCUGGAGCAGGCUGGCUGCGAGACGCGACUGGUGCUGGUGGACGGGUCCCCGGCCUACGUGGCCACUCACACCACUCGCGGCAAGAAGAAGCGCGCCACGCGCUCCGCCGAGACCGACGAGGCCGACGCGCUCGCGUACUUCGUGCAGCUGUUCAAGGACGUGGACGCGGCAAAGGUAUCGGCGGAGCUGGAGCGCCUGCCGAGCUGGGAGGCGCGGCUGGCGCGGACGACGGAGCUGGUGGGCGCCGCGGCGGGCCCGCACGGCGCCGCGGCGCUGGCGGCGGCGGCGGGCUCGUUCUACCGCAAGCUGGUCAUCGCCGACACGUACAAGCCGGCGGGCCGCCUGCGCGCGCCGGUCACGCUGUUCACGGCGCGCGACAACUACGUGGCGCUGGACGAGGACUACGGGCUGCGCGCCGUGGUCGCCGGCCCGCUGCAGACGCGCCAGCUGGCGGGCUCGCACCGCUCCAUCCUGGCCGGCGCCGCCGCCGCCGCCAUCGCCGCGCAUCUCUCCGACCUGCUGGCGCACUAGCGGCGCGGCCUGCCUUGGUGCGACGCGCAUUGUGUAUAUAGCUGUAACUCGAUACUGUAUUUAUUGUACGUUUGUAAGUGUGCUCGAGCCCGGCUCGCCGAUUGUGAUACAUUCCAUAUAGUCGCGGCGGCCCGCGUCGUCGCGACCUGCACGUACCUAUGUAUGUGUCUUAGUUUGUAGUUAAAUAUUACAUGGAACAUGUAACUCUUGACUAUCGUUAGGCUGUAAUAUGGCGCGCUGGCGCUCGCCUCGGACAUGUCUAUGAUCUGAUGGCGCGACUAGUGACGCAACUAGUGGCGCGACUUGCGGUCCGCGGCGGGCGCGCGGCGCCGGUAGCGAUACUAUAGUUAGUACUAGAGUAUGGUUGUUGCGGUAUUUAUUUUGUUACCAAUAAGAAGCCUGCGCCCUGUGAUUAAAAGUGCAUUAUUUUAAAAAAAGUAUUUUAUUUAU